AUGUCCAUCCUGCACACUGACACGGUGUCGCGUCUUGAAAACGUCAUUUCGGCCGCGACGUGGAAAUGCAUUCCCCACGCUGUUUUUGAAGCUCUCUCCCUUUUCCACUGUUUAUUCUUGUCCUCUUUUGCUUUAUUUUGUUUUGUUUUUUUUCGGAGCCAUGGAGAAAAAGAAAGCGAGCGCCGCGGCCGUGGGGAACAGACCGAAAGGCGGCGCGGAUCCGGUGAAAACUUCGAGAAGUGGAGGAAGAAGUACAACCGGACGAAGACACGAGUGAAGCAGGAGAGAGCGCAGAGGAAGAAGCCGGAGUGGCAGCAGGAGCGGGACUACAUCCACAAGCUGGUCAGCUCGUACGGCAGCAUCAACACCAAGGACGCGGUCAAGUUCUCAGACUUCCCCAUUUCCAGGCGGACGCUGCGGGGCCUGCAGGAGGCUCAGUACCGGCAGCCCACCGAGAUCCAGAGGCAGACCAUCGGCUUCGCCCUGCAGGGGAGGGACGUGCUCGGAGCGGCCAAGACGGGCUCCGGGAAGACGCUGGCUUUCCUCAUCCCCGUGCUGGAGUGUCUGUACCGGCAGCAGUGGACCGCCAUGGACGGCCUGGGCGCCCUCAUCAUCUCGCCGACCCGGGAGCUGGCCUACCAGACCUUCGAGGUGCUCCGCAAGGUGGGCAAGAACCACGAGUUCUCCGCGGGGCUCAUCAUCGGCGGCAAGGACCUGAGCAGCGAGUCGGAGCGGAUCCACCGCACCAACAUCGUCAUCUGCACCCCGGGUCGGCUGCUGCAGCACAUGGACCAGACCGCAGACUUCCACGCCUCCGGCCUCCACAUGCUGGUGCUGGACGAAGCCGACCGCAUCCUGGACAUGGGCUUCGCCGACACCCUCAACGCCAUCGUGGAGAACCUGCCCAGCAGCCGGCAGACGCUGCUGUUCUCCGCCACGCAGACCAAGUCGGUGAAGGACCUGGCCCGGCUCAGCCUCAAGGACCCGGAGUACGUGUGGGUCCAUGAGAAGGCCAAGUUCAGCACGCCGGCCACGCUGGAGCAGAGCUACGUGGUGUGUGAGCUGCACCAGAAGGUCAACAUGCUCUACUCCUUCAUCCGCAGCCACCUGCAGAAGAAGGUAAUCGUCUUCUUCGCCUGCUGCAAGGAGGUGCAGUACCUGUUCCGGGUGUUCUGCCGGCUGCGGCCCGGCAUGCCCAUCCUGGCCCUGCACGGCAAGCAGCAGCAGAUGAAGAGGGUGGAGGUCUACAACGACUUCAUCAGGAAGAAACACGCCGUGCUCUUCGCCACCGACAUCGCCGCCCGGGGCCUGGACUUCCCCGCCGUGAACUGGGUGCUGCAGUUCGACUGUCCCGAGGACGCGGACACCUACAUCCACAGGGUGGGCCGGACCGCCCGGUACAAGGAGGGCGGCGAGGCCCUGCUGGUGCUGCUGCCGUCCGAGGAGGAGGGCAUGGUGGCUCAGCUCCAAGCCAAGAAGGUCCCCAUCAACAAGAUCCAGGUGAACCCGGAGAAACUGCAGAGCGUGCAGCAGAAACUGGAGUCCUUCCUGGCGCAGGAAAAGGAACAGAAGGAGCGAGCCCAGAGGUGUUUUGUCUCCUACCUGCGCUCUGUCUACCUGAUGAAGAACAAAGACGUUUUUGAUGUGUUUAAGCUCCAGCUUCAGGAGUACGCCGGGUCCCUGGGCCUGGCUGUGGCUCCCAGGGUGCGAUUCCUGAGUAAAGCUCAGAAACAGAAAGCUGACAGGGAGGAGGAUGAGCCAUCUGAGGAGGACGCAGAGCUGAAGAGCUUCAAGGAAAAACUGACAGGAAAAGAUCCGGAUGUGGGAAAACUGAUUGCAGAAUCAGCAGAUUCAGAGGAUUCAGACGAGGAGGAGGACAGUGCUGAUGAGGAGGAGGAGGAGGAGGAAGAAGAAGAAGAAGAGGAAGAGAAACAAUCAAAGGUGCUUCAUUUUGGUGCAGAUGAUAACGAGGAGGACGAUGAUCUGAGGGACUUGGACCUGCUGACAGUCAAAAGAAAAGACGUUUUCAGUCUGACGCAAGGUGAGGAGAGCGAGGAGGAGGACGCCAGCGAACCCCAAAAGAAAACCGAAAAAGAGACAAAGUUCAAAGAGGCCAAGAAGAUUCUGAAGAGAAACUUCAAGGUCAACACCAAAGUGACUUUCACCGAAGAAGGGCAGGCUGUGCAGCAGUGGCCCCCGAAGCAGCGGUCAGCGAGGCAGGCGGCGGGCGAGGAGGACGAGGAGGAGGAAGAGGAGCUCUCGGGCAUCAACGUGGAGAAGGCCAAGGAGAGGCUGAGGCGCGAGGACCAGGAGUUCGACAAGCAGGAGUACAGCCGCAAAGUGAAGGAGAAGCACCGCGAGAGGAGGCUGAAGGCCAAGGCGGCCCGCAGGGAGGCCAGCAGGCAGCACGGCAACAAGUCCGACGACGACGAGGAGGACGAGGUGGUGGCGUACCUGGCCAACAGCGACGACGACGACGGGGAAGAGUUUGACCCCAGCACCCUCCCCGACCCCGACAAACACAACACCGACGAAGAGGAGGAGCCGAGCAGCGACCAAGCCCGGUCGAGCAAACGGCAGCACAGCAGCGACAGCAGCGAGGAGGAAGAGGAGGAGGAGGAGGAAGCAACAGGAAACAGGAAGAAACGGAGGCAGGAGGAUGAGGAGCACGCGGCUCUGGACACUGGACUUUCUCUGGCGGAAGACGAGGAGCUGGUCCUGCAUCUGCUGGGAGGCCGCAGAUAGAUCAAACCCCACGGAGGGUUCGGUUUUAUUCUAGAAAAGCCAAUGGUGGAAUCUGGGCUCAGAGAACAACAUCAACCGAACAGAGUGAAAUAAAAACCACACAAAUGACUGAUUUUUGCAGUUGAUUUUGAGUGUCUAACAUCACUGUCUUUAACAGAAUGUGGAUCUAAGGCCCUGUCCACACCAAGUUGGGUAAAUGUGAAUGCACUGUUUUCCAUCCACACUACACCUCACUCAGCACUGACAGUCAAAAUGUCAGUGUUUUCAAAAAGCUCGAUUCUCCGUCCACACCGCCAGAGUGCCAUUUUCAAAUCCAGACACCUUUGAAAAACUCUUAGAAAAGCCUGGAAAACGCUGGUUUAAAGUCCAGUAUACAUCUGUGUUAAAGUGUCACUGUAGCUGCGCUGUGUGUAUUUAUAAUUCUGUGUUUGUGAGUCUGAGCCACACUGAGCUGGUCUCUCAAACACUGGACAGCAGAGUCAAGAUUUUACUAAUAAAGCACAGAUGAAAACCAGAGAAAUAUUGUAUACAUUGAGUGAAACGAGAAAUGUAUUCCAAAUCAGUGUUUUGAGAUAUUUAGUGUCAUAUCGCAGUCUGAAUAAUGUUGGGAUGGGUUGGCAAAAGCAGCCCAGUUAAACAGACACGACAACCGGCAUCGUGUUGUCUCUACUGUUUGUUGAAAAUCAGUCAGCUGAAAACACAGAAGCAGCACAGCGCGAUCAAAGCGACCACAGAAACCCAUGACGUAGCUAUGGCAGCAUUUUGAGAUACAGUUAUAAAUGAACUGUUAGUAUGGUCGGAGGGUGAAAACAGAAGAAAGGGGAAAAAAAACAUGCCUUUCCAGUUUUACCUGGCAUAGUGUGGACAUGGCCUCAGACACUCAACUCAAAAGCUCAUUUUUUGACUGUGGCUCGGCCUUUACAGUGUCAAGAUUAAGGUGCAGCAGCUGUUUUUGGACAUUUAGUGUGUGAUUUGAGAAAAAAAAAAAAGUAUAUUAAAUGGUAAUAUUUGACCUCACUGAUGAUGCUACUAGCCAGUGCUGUCAUGAUAUAUAUUUGAGUUAAUCAG